AUGCCAGCAUCCUCCUCCUGCUCCUCCUCCUCUUCCUCCUCUUCCUCCUCUUCCUCCUCCUCCGCCUCCACCUACUCGGGCUCGACGGCCUGCUCCUACACCAAGGACCCCGCGCCGCGCCGCGGCCUGCGCCAAAAGGCCCGCGACGUCGUCUCCGACCUGGGCGCGCCGCCCACCACCAGGCAGGACGCCAAGGACGGCAAGCGCACCCUCAAUUUUGCCGUCGACGUGGCGCCCAUGGCCGACCCUCUCGUCUCCGGGACCGUCAAGAUUUGA